CACUAAUCUUUCUUCAAAUCCUGUUGCUUAAAAACCAACGAACUCCUAAAUUAAAGCCGCGGGGGGCUGGUGCAUUCGCUUCAGAGAACGUUUAAUCAUUUGGAAAGCGGAAUCGAGUCAUGGAAAUUGAUUCCGCUCCAAUCAGCCGAUGCUCCAAAGAAAACCAGAAGAUCUAUCAGGACUGGUUCGCUUUUGCUGAUUCAGAUGGAGAUGGGCGACUUACAGGAGCUGAUGCCACCAAAUUCUUUGCCCUCUCAAAUUUACCUCGCCAUGAUCUUAAACAGGUUUGGGCUAUUGCAGAUUCUAAACGACGGUUUAAAGAGUUUAUUACGGCAGUUCAGCUAGUUUCUUUGGCACAAGCGGGGCAUGCAUUAACUAGUGAUAUCAUAUACGCUGAAGUUGACUUUGAAAGUCUGAAACCUCCAGCAAUGGAUGGGUUGGAGGCGCUACUAGCUAAGAAAAAACAUACACCGAAAAGUGAGCUAGAACAAAAUGGCAUUCCUCAGUUGCAGUCUUCACCAUCUGCUAAUUGGUUUUCUUCGUCAAAGUCUGCAAAGAAGGUGUCUCUAAGCUCUGUUACAUCAAUUGUUGAUGGAUUGAAGAAGUUGUACGUCCAAAAACUGAAGCCAAUGGAAGCAACAUAUCGUUUCAAUGAUUUUGUUUCCCCUUUGUUGACAAAUAGCGAUUUUGAUGCUAAGCCCAUGGUGAUGUUGUUGGGUCAAUACUCAACUGGGAAAACAACAUUCAUUAAACAUCUGCUCAAAACGAGUUAUCCAGGUGCUCACAUUGGACCAGAGCCUACAACAGACAGAUUUGUUGUUGUUAUGAAUGGACCUGAUGAAAGAAGUAUUCCAGGGAACACCAUUGCUGUACAAGCAGAUAUGCCAUUCAGUGGUCUGACUACUUUCGGAACUUCCUUUUUGUCAAAAUUUGAGUGCUCUCAAAUGCCACACCCACUGUUGGAGCAUAUUACAUUUGUGGACACUCCCGGAGUUUUAUCAGGAGAAAAGCAACGAACACAGAGAAGUUAUGACUUUACUGGCGUCAUAUCGUGGUUCGCUGCAAAAUGUGACCUCAUUUUGCUUUUGUUUGAUCCUCACAAACUUGAUAUAAGUGAUGAAUUCAAACGUGUAAUUGCAUCUCUACGAGGUCAUGAUGAUAAGAUUCGGGUAGUCUUGAAUAAGGCUGAUCAAGUUGAUACUCAACAACUUAUGCGAGUUUACGGAGCUCUAAUGUGGUCUCUUGGCAAAGUUCUGAACACUCCUGAGGUUACUCGGGUCUAUAUUGGUUCUUUCAAUGACAAGCCUAUCAAUGAGGUCGCCACUGGUCCUAUUGGAAAAGAGCUUUUUGAGAAAGAACAAGAUGACCUCCUUGCAGAUCUGAAGAAUAUACCCAAAAAGGCUUGUGAUCGUAGAAUAAAUGAAUUUGUAAAGCGUGCUAGGGCUGCCAAGAUUCAUGCUUAUAUCAUCAGUCAUCUAAAAAAGGAGAUGCCUGCCAUGAUGGGCAAGGCAAAAACGCAGCAGAGACUCGUUGAUAACCUGGAAGUGGAAUUCGGAAAGGUUCAGAGGGAGUUCCAUCUGCCAGCGGGGGAUUUUCCGAAUGUUGAACACUUUCGGGAGGUCCUGAGUGGAUAUAGCAUUGAUAAGUUCGAGAAAUUGAAGCCUAAAAUGAUACAAUCUGUUGAUGAUAUGCUUGGAUACGAUAUCCCAGAACUUCUCAAGAAUUUCCGGAAUCCAUAUGAUUGAUAUGCAUACAUCUGCUAUCAAAUUACAGCAGUUUUUUUGGGUAAGAGAAAUCAGAAGAAUAUUGCUGAUGAUUUGCUAGAUUGGCCGCCCAUACGUUCAACUUCUUCUGACGCAUAAACAUGAUUUAUGCGGAAAACUACGACGCUGUACACUUCGAUUAGGCGAGCUAGUGUGAAAUUAGCAGUGACAUGAAUAAUUAUUCAGAUUGUAUUGUCUUUUGAUUUUCUUGGCAUUCUUACAAAAAUAAUAUAUAAUUCCAUUUACAAAACUAAUAUAGUUCCUA